GUUUGCAGACACACAUCGGCGUGUAUGUAUCAAACCUUAUCCUCAUUACACAAUGCGGUUUCCUAUAAUUCAAGUAGUACAUAAUAUAUGAAACAUUGUCGAAGCGAAAGCGUGUUUACGUAGCGUAAAACUCGCCGAGUGCCGGUAAACUUUAAUGAGAAUUAGUGUUCGAGUUAGUUUUUAAGUUGUUGGAUCGCGGCAAAGGUCGAUCAUCAUGCUGCCGUGGAUACAGCACCGAUGGACCAGCCUUUGCCUCCUUGUUGCGGGCUUUGGAACCUUGAUGUUGUUCCUGUAUGGAUUUUUCCCACUGAAAUAUCAUUCAGGAAAAUUAUCAAGUAUUGAUGAUCUGCCAAACUUUAUUGAUGGUAUCAGUAUUGAUGGCCAGCAAGUAUACAACUCUGGGGAAAACAGUGUUAUUCUGAUGGUGAUUGAUGGAUUGCGGUAUGACUUUGUCACUGAAGAGUACAUGCCAUAUACUGGACAGUUGCUCAAGAACAAGUCUGCAUGCAUUUAUGUAUCCGUUGCUGAGCCUCCUACAGUUACCAUGCCUCGGAUCAAGUCACCAGAACGUAAGAAGGAAAAGGCACAGUGGAGGCGCACAAUAAACUUCUGGCGCGGAUAUUUUGCAAAUAUAAGUGAAAAAGAAAUAACAUCUCACGUCAGGUGGUAUACGAAACUUGUUUACUUGAAGGAGCGUCAGCAAAAAGCUAUUGAUAAAUGGAGAUCUAAUCGAAGAGCUAUGAAAUCCAAGGUGAAGCCAGAUGAGAAAAAUAAUUUUAGUUUAAAAUUUAAUAGCAGUGACAGAAAAGACCGUUGCACUGCAAGCGAAAAAGAUAGCCUAGAUGAACGGACUAAAAAAGAGCUGAGUCUUCAAGCUCCGACUCAGAAUGAAGUAUGCUGCUUCGUAAGACAAUGUUUCAGUGACGAAUUAAAGAAGAUAGAUAAACUGCAAGAAAAUGUAUCCAAUGAGCAGAGUACGGUUGGUAAUGGAAAACCAGUGAUGAAGCGUUUCCAAAAAUCGACAAAGCAGUGGAACAUCAGACUGAACACGAAGACUAUUAAGACUGAUGUAAAUUGCAACAAUGUUGAGAGCAUAAAAAAGCUGCACACACCUACAUGGAGAGUUGGUUUAUAAAAUAAACGUGAAAUACAUUA